AUUAAUCGAUUAAAGCAAAAAUGCACAAAGAUUAAGCGGCGCGAGCAUUUUAAUAGAAUCGAAUUAGGUUUGUUUAUAUUUUUGGAUUAGUAGGUAUGCAUGAUAUUUUUUAGCUUAAGUUACUGGAAACGGUACCAAUGGCACAGUCAGACUUCAAUCAAGAUGAUGACCGGUUAGUGGCACAGAUGGUAGCCUUAGGGGAAGAGGAUAACCAUGAUGACACCGAUGAGGAAAUCCCGAUGACAUCCAAACAGGUACUGGAUACAUUGCAGCGAGCCUGGAUCAAUGAAAAAUUUGCCGUUCAAAUUCUGCCAUAUGAGGAUGCUAUCGUGGACAUGGUAAUGAGUCAGCUGGUUUAUAUGGAAGAGAAUUUAGCCAACACAAAUAAAAAUGAAAUGUUAUAUAUAGCGCAUCGAAUGGAAGUCGAACGGAUUAGGUACGUUUUGGCUAGCUACCAUCGGUGUAGAUUGCAGAAAAUUGAAGAAUAUGCGUUUCAUAUACUUGAAGAGGAAUCUAAGCGCUCGAUAGACAAGAAGAGAUUGUCCUCAGGAGAGUUGCAGUUUGCGACAGAUUUCUACAAAGGCGUCGAAACUCAUUUCUAUCAGCUUGCGGUUAGACAUAUGCCUCAGAAUCAUCAGGAUGAUGAACAAGUGCGGAAAGUUGUCCCGAAUAUAGACAGCUAUGUGUUUAUUCGGGCUAAGGAGAACGUAGCUGAAUUUUCGAUCAGCGCCGAGCAUGAUACAAUAAACAUUGCCGCGGGCUCAAUUCAUAUGUUCAAGUAUCGCGAUGUAGAACCAUUGGUGCUAGAAGGGAUAGUAGAAUUAUUAUAGUGUUAGAAUAUGGUUAGGCAUUUAGGUUAAAUUGCACGUGGUAAGACUAGUACUGCAGUUAUUAGCGUAUCUGAUCAAUACCAUGGCAACGAAUUGUUUGGCUCGAUUUUGUAUGUUUGCAUUGAAUAAAUACAAAUAAAAAUAAGCGUUA